CGGGCCGCGCAUUCCCGGCUCCCCGUGUCGCCGCCCCCGCAGUCGCCACUGCCUGAGUCGGGAUCCGGACGCGUGGCCGGUGGCGUACCUCCAGGAAACUUCUGCCCACCUGCUUGCCUGAGGCAUCUCUAGGCCCCAGCAUGGGGGAGUUCAAUGAGAAGGAGACCUGUGGCACCAUCUGCCUCAAGUACCUGCUCUUCACCUUCAACUGCUGCUUCUGGCUGGCUGGCCUGGCUGUCAUGGCCGUGGGCAUCUGGACCCUGGCCCUCAAGAGCGACUACAUCAGCCUGCUGGCCUCAGGCACCUACCUGGCCACAGCCUACAUCCUGGUGGUGGCCGGUGUGGUUGUCAUGGUGACAGGUGUUCUGGGCUGCUGUGCCACUUUCAAGGAGAGGCGGAACCUACUGCGUCUGUACUUCAUCCUGCUGCUCCUCAUCUUCCUGCUGGAGAUCAUUGCGGGGGUCCUGGCCUACGUCUACUACCAGCAGCUGAACUCAGAACUGAAGGAGAACCUGAAGGACACCAUGACCAAACGGUAUCAUCAGCCUGGCCAUGAGGGGGUGACCAGUGCCGUGGACAAGCUGCAGCAGGAGUUCCACUGCUGUGGCAGCAACAACUCCAGGGACUGGCAAGACAGUGAGUGGGUCCGCUCUGGUGAGGCGGGUCGCCGCCUGGUCCCUGACAGCUGCUGCAAGACAGUGGUGGAGGGCUGUGGCCAUCGGGACCACGCCUCCAACAUCUAUAAGGUGGAGGGCGGCUGCAUCACCAAGCUGGAGACCUUCAUCCAGGACCACCUGCGGGUCAUCGGGGCUGUGGGCAUUGGCAUUGCCUGUGUGCAGGUCUUCGGGAUGAUCUUCACCUGCUGUUUGUACAAGAGUUUGAAGCUGGAGCACUACUGAGGCCUUGCCCCACUCUGGACUCAUGAGCGGAUACUACUGACACCCCCCAUUCAGCCCUUCCACAUUAAGCAGCGCUGCCUGGGGACCACCCCUUUUAUAGCUUCAAGUGCCUUUUGCUGCACACCAAAGCCCUGGGCUGGGGAAGGGCCCCCCUGCUCUGCCUCUAGAAGAAAAGCCACCCCUGCCCCAAGGCUGCCCCCUCUCAGGGGCUGUGGGUGAUUGUGGCCAUUUCCUGGCUGCGGCUAAGGCUGGCCUGGCGGGGAUAUUGCCAGGGGCAUGUGCCCAAUGGCUCAGCGUUAUUCUACCCAACCCCACGCCCAGUGAGGCCUCCCCACUGACCCUUGACACCUCCCGCUAGGAUGUCCUAUGCAGCAGCAGGGCUGUCACAGCCUUGUCUCCCACCCCAGCACCGCACCUACCAUGGUGCUCAGUAAAAGUUUCUAGAAACGAC